AUGACAUCCAAGGCGCGAGAAAUUCUUUUUCUAUCAACGUACAUUACAUUAGCUCUGUUGUUGCGCUAUGCAUAUUCCCGCGAGGUCUUCACCAAUUGUGGCGGAGAAUUUGACAAGCCGCAGGGAAUUCUCCAAACCACAAACUUCCCGGGCCCUUUUCCCACGCCGAUUUCGUGCGAAUGGCUGAUACGCGCACCACCAAACAAGAAAAUCAUCCUGUAUUUUACGGAGUUCUACAUGAAGGAUUCGGUAUUUGUCUCAAGCUACGACGCCUACAAGAGUCCAACGUUGCAUCUGAAUCGCGACGACAUCGGCGAAAUCCUGUGGAACUACGAUCUCUCAAUCCCUCUAGAAACGCGUAAACCCUGCCUCCUCCUGCGUCUAGAAGUGAACUUCAUCGGCAACCGCAACCUCAGAGUCAUCGAACAUCUCCUCGAUGUGUUUGGCUUCAACAUCACGUACGAGAUAGUGGACCCUCUGGUAACAGCGCAACUGGGUUGUUCCCUGAAGCACUGUUCCUAUCUCGGCAAGUGCAUCGCCUCCGCGGACUAUAGUUCCUUUUCGUGCCAGUGCUAUGACAAGUUCUUCGGGGACCAGUGCCAGUAUGGCCCCCACUGUGACCCGGACCACGGGACGAACCUGUGUCUUAAUGGCGGACGAUGCAGCUACUUCUUCGGUUCACUCAUCAACCAGUGUGAGUGCAGUCCGGGCUUUGAGGGCGACUAUUGCGAGAUUCCCACGGGACAGUCGGCCAACACGACGGCCGUGACGCUACCAGCCCCAAAACAGGCGCUGGCGCGAGUCUACAGAAAGCACAACAUAAGUGUACGAAUGCGACGACACAGUACUCUCAGACGCUUUCUCGUACAUCCUAAGGACAAGACGCUGACAGAAGAGGUGUGUGGCUGUGUAUACAAGAUCCCGUGCAAGAAUUGUGAAACUGUGUACAUAGAUGAAACAGGUCGCAAACUUGAAUUGUAUAUCAGUGAGUUCGUCAAUACGGACAACUCGAAUAAACACAUGACACUUCGGGGGAAGAUGCUCACCUUGGUUUGUGCGGCCAAAGGGUCCAAUGGUAUCAGGUUCGAGUGGUACAAGGACGAUGCGCGCUUGGACACGAGCUUGACAUUGCGUAAUGCCUGGGAAACUGUGAUUCAGGACCAGGUGCAUAACCUGCAUCUGGCAAAUCUUAACCUGGAUGUAGUUUUCCCUAUUGAUCAGGGCGUUUUUACGUGCAAAGCAAUAGAUUUUGAUGAAGUUCAAACGAAGACGUUAAAGGUCACAGUAAACAAUUACCCUCAGGUCCAGCUGGAUCCUAUGUCCAUUAGUGUCCAGCAUGGGGAGGCGUUGACCAUAUAUUGCAUGUCUCCCGACGACAGUUGGCUGCUGUUUAAGUACGAAUGGUACAAGAACGGAAUAAAGAUUGACACGAAUGCGAGGUUGGAGUACACGGAAGAUAUGUAUCCAACGGGUCUUCUGUUGGCAGUCACUAAGGCUACAAAGACGGCAGAGUACACAUGCAAGGUCACCAACGAAGCUGGAGCAGCGAGCGCCACGGCGUAUUUGUUUGUCGUACCUAGAAACGCCAAGCGCGAUUGCAAAUGUGAUUCUGUAACGCGCAUCUGCAAAUGGGAGAAACCAAACUUCUCCAAGUGUCAGUCCCUUAUGUUGAUUUACCUGCAUGAUGAGGUACUGUUGCUAAAAAACGGCUAUCAGAAAAACAACAUCACUAAAAUAUUUGACGAUCUGUACAACUUUGCCCUCACGAAGAGGAACGUCACUUUCUACUCGGGCGACAUCGAUAUGGUCGCCGGAAUCCUUGAGGAGCUCAUCAGCCACAUGCUCUCCUUUCCCCAGCUUAAUUCUGGAGACAAUAAAAUAGAGGCACUGAGGGUUGCGGAGGUAAUUGGUGCCAUCUUGCAUCGCGCUUCCACAGCGACGCCCGAUGAAAAGCGUGAUAUAAUGGCCGGACCGAGUACUAUUGCAACCAUCAAUAUUCUGAUCUCCGGAGCCAUCAAUUUGAUGAUGUACGACAACCUCCAGCACAUUUCGUACAACGAUUUAAUAGACGAUGUAACAGAGCAGGUGUACUCCGUCACGACAAACUUUCUAGCCGACUUAUUGUUAUACAGGGACGAGGCAAUGAGGAACGAGUCUAGCUUCUGGCUGAACAUUGACAUGAAGCGGUUCUAUGUGUUCCUCAUCUUGACUUUGAUUGAACUAGCGAUACGGCAUUCUUGUUGUAUAAAAUUCCGUCGUGGAUCGAACGUGAAAGUUCAGGAGGGUGGAAGUCAAAGCAAAGCCUUUCGAACAUAUAUGAAACCAGAGCUAGUGUCAAGAGUUGUGAAUCCAGAGGAAUACAACGUGUCUAGAUAUUACGACGAGGUCAACCGUACGAAGUAUACAGCUCAGCGAAAGCGCGAACUGUCCGCUUUGCUAGGCAGCUCGGACACUAACUCUAUAACCAUGGAUACAAGGAGUACGUCAAUUAGCGGGAGUGACGGGUCGAAGGAAAGUACAGCGCCAUCUUUGAAAAUAGAUUUCUCAUUUAGUGUAAGGCGAGACAGUGUUUUUGAGACCAUCAAUGACUCAAACGGUGAAAGACGAAGCAUAGGCGCCAGUGGAAGCGUCAAGGACGACGUUGUAAGUGCCCGUGGUUGUUUUCGUCUUAGAAACGACUCGGCAGCUCAUAGUGGUGCAGGCAAGAAUGAGAACAAUGGUGAUGAAAGUAAUGACCUACAUGGCUGCGUAAAUGGCCAUGCCGCUAUGUGUAAUAAUGAUGACUUAGCAAACUUAUCUCAGAUUCCAUUUUCGGACAGAAACAUGGUUCAAAAUCCACUUUACAAGCGUAUUAAUACGGACAAACUGGUAUCAGAAGAAUUGAAACAUUUGACUCAAAACCCAGGGCAAUUGCAAUAUGACGACAUUUAUCCACUGUCGAAUAAUCGUGUUUCAAACUUGCCAUUGAAACGUGCGAUCCCAGAUAUUCCAGAUAAAAAUUGCAAUCUUAGUUCAACUCGAAGUCCGACAAAAGCUUUUAAUCCAUUAAUGAAUUAUAUUAGUGAACGUGGAAACGUCGAACAUAGUUCAGUAGUACCAACGAAGGCAAACGAUACCGACGACGACAUGUUGUUUAACAACAAGACAGACCAAGACGAUGAUUACGAGUCACCCCGUAGUUCCAAUUAGUGUCCACAUCCAUAGUGUCCACUCAACCGUAAAUGUGGCGUCCUGUUAAGUGCGUUAAUGAAUUUGACAUGCGUGGACAACAUAAGCAUAUUUAUUUUUCGAUAUAUUUAAAAUAGUGGUAUAAAAAUGAUCUUAUGUUUACUUAUAUUCGGUUGCAUAAUUUGCAAUAUUUGCAAUAUGUGUAUCAUGUCUACCCAUCCAUCGAUCAUGUAAAUGAGUUCGAAACCAUGCGCCUGCUUCACAAAAAGUUCGAAUUCAUAGGAUUUAACUAUAUAUCGCAAAUACGAGUAGCGAGCUAUAUGCUUUGUUUUGGAGUGACGCGUGCUAUCGUUUUGAUGAUGAUGAUGAUGAUGAUGAUGAUGAUGAUGAUGAUGAUGAUGAUGAUGAUGAUGAUGAUGAUGAUGAUGAUGGUGAUGAUGAUGAUGAUGAUGAAUAGUAGUAGUAGUAGUAGUAGUAGUAGUAGUAGUAGUAGUAGUAGUAGCAGAAGUAGUAGUAGUAGUAGUAGUAGUAGUAGUAGUAGUAGUAGUAGUAGUAGUAGUAGUAGUAGUAGUAGUAGUAGUAGUAGUAGUAGUAUCAUUAUUAUAA